AUGCCCAAGUCCUACUUCGCAACGUCUAGUCGUGAUUGUUCCCCGGAUGGCCCUAUUGCCUUGGGGAGCAUUCUUGUCGACCCACGUGAUCCUGAAGCGCCGCUCAGCGACAGACCCAUUCCCAUUGACACCGAGACAGUCCAGAGCCACGACCAGUACGACGUACAGAUAAACUUAGCGAAUAUUGAUCGAGCGAGUGCUGGGCUCUUUGCCAAGAUUUUCCACAGUACCGGACUUGUUCUGUCUGGAAGCAGCAGCACUCGCGUACAGUCCUCUGCGAGCAUCCAAAGACUUCAGACAUUGUCCUUUGAACCUUCUGAUGACUACAUGAAAAAGAGUCUAUCUGUGCCCAAGGUGCAACAGUAUCUUGCCCGCUAUCAUAUGCGGAAGCGCGUCUUUGUCAUCACUGGAGUCAAGGUCGCGUUCGGUGCAAAGGUCAUGGACACUGAGAGUCACCACGGGAACGUCGAUGCAUCUGUUGGGCUGGACGGUGAUGCAAUCGGCAUUGAGAACGACAGCACUCAGCAUGAGGAGGCUAUUUUCAUGUCUAUUGAUGAUGAAGACGUAACCGGGGAGGACUUGGAGUAUGACUCAAUUUCGGUGCCAGAAUACGGAGUCAUUGUUGAUAAACAGGGAGAGGACACCAAGACUGGUCAAGAAGAGAGUUGCGAGUUGAUUAUUAUUAAAUAG